AAAUCGUUCAGUCAGCAACGAUCCGGCCGUGUGUCGGGUUCAUAUUUUUGUACGCGUCUUCCAUUUGCGUGCGAGUGCGCCGUGCGAACGUCAUGCUGUUUCUGCUACCUGUGCACGGCUUCUACCUGCAAUGGAUAAGUGGCCUCGGAUUUAAUUGGCCAACGUGGUUCGUGUUGACAUCGUUCAUCGUUAUCGCUUGGUUAUGUUGGCGUAAUUCACGAUUCGUGCGCCUCAUUAGCGCCAUACCGAGUCCGAAAGGAGUCCCGAUCUUCGGCAACAUUCUUCAACUGAACGUUGGUCAAGUUGAAUUUUUAAGAAUCGUUCAUCGUGAAUGGGUGGAGAAACACGGACCCAUUUAUUGCGGAUGGGGCGGUUCGCGUGCCAUCGUUUGCAUAGCCUCUCCUGAAUUAAUGGAGCCGAUCCUCGCUAGCCAGAAGCUCAUCACAAAAGGCAAAGAAUAUUCUUACCUGAGCAGUUGGUUAGGCGCUUGCAUGUUUCUGACAACAGGCAAACGAUGGAGAAGCCGCCGUCGUAUGUUGACACCUGCUUUCCAUUUCCAAAUUUUGGAGAAUUUCUUCGACGUGUUCAACGAUCAAAGUCGUCAAUUAAUCAAAGAACUCGAAGCAGCUGCCGCUUCACCUGCUGACGAUGGAUCCGUUAACGUCUACAAGAUACUAACGCAGUGCGCUCUGGAUAUUAUCUGUGAUUCGUCAAUGGGCCGUCAGGUGAGGAAGCGAGAAGAAACUAGUGGCUACCUGCAUUCCAUAAACAGGAUAACGCAGUUAACUAUGGAACGGAGUCUGAGACCUUGGCUAGACAAUGACGUCCUUUUUAACCUGACGGCAUUGGGUCGCGAGAAUCAACGGUGCGUCAAAGUGCUGCACGAUUUCACUAACCAGGUUAUACAGGAUCGCAAGAAGAUGUUGAAUAACAACAAUUUAAUUGACACGACCAUUAGAGACCACGAAAAAAUCGAAGAAAAUUCAUCGAAAAGGAGAUUGGCUUUCCUUGACCUGUUGAUUCAAGCGUCGGAGAAUGGAGAAAAACUGAGUGAUGAUGACAUCCGCGAAGAAGUCGAUACGUUCAUGUUCGCCGGUCACGAUACGACAGCCACGGCGAUGAGUUGGUUUCUUUAUUGCAUCGCUAGGAAUCCAGACGAACAGAAACUAUUGUUCGACGAAGUGGACGAAAUAUUUGAACACAGCGACCGCCAAUGUACGCCUCAAGACGCGGCCAACCUCAAGUACCUCGACUGUUGCAUUAAAGAAACUCUGAGGAUGUAUCCGAGUAUUCCGGGCGUGAUGAGAACCAUCACGGAAGAAACUGAAAUUGGUGGAUACGUUUUACCGGCGGGAUUGUCCGUAGCUUUGCUCAUUUACGGGAUGCAUCGCAAUCCGAAUGUUUACCCAGAUCCCGACGUGUUCAAACCGGAACGAUUUCUACCUGAACAGAGCGCCAGUCGACAUCCGUACGCUUUUAUUCCGUUCAGCGCUGGCCCUCGUAACUGCAUAGGACAAAAGUAUGCCCUUUUCGAAUUGAAGGUGGUCUUGUCUUGGGUCUUACGCAAAUUUGAAUUCUCAUUGGUUGACCCGACGAGCCCACCGGUCAGCGCUUCCAGCGAGAUCGUGCUCAAGCCACUGGACGGUAUUCACUUGUCGGUGAAAUCACGUCAGCCCUGCUCAAUUGCCGUUUAAAAUAAGGAACUCACCGCGCACAUUCAAAUAUAUCGUGACACAGGUGAAAACGAAUUGUAAUGUUAUUAUACCGGUACAACAAUUUGAUUAAAGAAGCCAGGUAAAUUUGAAUAUCAAAAAGCACACUCAUGACAUUCAAGAACAAAAAAUUCGAUUUACAUAUAUGAAUAGAUUUUGUUUGUUUUGAAAGAUGCUUAUGACAUUGCGUCUAUAAUAAUUAUAUGCAUAUUGACUAUGUAUUCCACUGAACGUCCCACACACAAAGAAAUAAAAUUGAAUAUUUCGUUACA